AUGUUAACUUCCGGCAAUAUACUGCUAUUUUACAGUUUGCCACUGCUGAUGGGUUAUCCAACUUUGAAUUGGAACUCUUCGAAUGUCUCAAGUAUAAGUUAUAUUCUGAGGAAAAUUGAUUUGGAGCGGAAAAUUAGCACAGUUAUCGUCAUGAAUGCCUACAACUUCCAGCCUAGCUGCCUCCGUGAUGAGGAUAUUAAAAUAAUUAGCACUAACACGACCGUUAAGCUAUUGAAUUCGGACAACUCUAGCUCAUCUACCAAGCGAGCCAGAAGCGAACUGCUUUUAAUCCGCUGCCUACCGGAGAGAUUUUCGGCUGAGCUUUUGGAAGCAAUGCUCAAUCUCCUUCAAAAUAGGCGUAAUGCUCGAAUGCUUUUCAUUUGGAAUGAGGAGUAUUCGGCCGCAACGAGUAGGAAGCGUAUACAGUUGCAGAAACAGCAACAACUGCUCUUCGAAUAUUGCGCUCAAAUGCGUUUGCUGAAUGUAAUCGCCAUUUACCGGGACUACUUGAAAGACGGACACUUCUACACGUUCAGCUAUUUUCCAGAGUUUCAUCUUGAACGGAAAAGAAUGGACGAGGAUUGCUUCCCGAACCGCAUAAGGGACUUAAAAGGCAUUGCUUUGCGAACUCUGCCCGAUCAGUUGGAGCCUUGGACAAUUGUGUGGCGUGAUCGGAACGGUAACAUACAGAUCAGUGGCUUUUUUACUAAAAUCUUGCGAGAGUUUGCUAAACAGAAUAACGCCACACUUUCUUAUCCAUUGCCAGUGUUAGUGGAAUCGCGAUUGCGGGCGAUGCAAACAACUUUAUGGACAUAA